AUGGGCGUGGUGUACUCUAUCGACUCGAACCAGCAGAGUCCGGAUCCUGCCUUCUACGGCAAAUCUUCCGUCGCCUCGCUCCUGAGUUCGAUACCUUCGGAGCCUGCCAGAGAAAGGUCUGGCCAUGACCGCCUUCGACAGCCUCUCGCCAAUUUCGCUAACAGAAAUUCCAUCUCUCGACCAACAGGAUCCGCAUUCUCGAGAAACCGGCUGUGGUUCCAUUUACCACCACGUUGUGUCGCUGAUGACCUUCUGGGUCAGUAUUGGUCCAACAACCACUUGUAUUACCCUUGGUUCCACACGCAGAGCUUUCAAAAGGCCUAUGAAGCCUUAUGGGACCCAACCGGGGCGAGAUUGUCAACAGAUACCUUGCCUCGAGUUGGCCUCGGUGGUUCGGAUUGCCCCAAUCAUGUGUUCAACGUGGCAUUGAACGCCGCCUUUGCCCUUGGCUGUGAAGGCUCGAAUACAGCCACUGAUCAGCCCGAAGACACAGCCGCAGAGUUUAUGGACAGGGCAUUUGGCCUGCUCCAUACCGAUCUUCUGGAUAGUCCCAAUCUCUCUUUGGUUCAGGCAUUAUUGCUUGUCAUAGAGUACCUGCAAAGCACACAGAAAGUGAACAAGACGUGGGGUCUGAUGUCGUCCGUGUGCGCAAUGGCUCAAGGGCUUGGGCUUCAUCUAAGCCAUAACGACUCACAGUACACCGUUUUGGAAAUCGAAAUGCGUCGUAGGGCGUGGCAUGGCUGCGUCUUUUAUGAUAGAAUCACGAGUAUGACGUUUGGGCGAUUUUCCGUUCUGCUAGGAGCACCCAAAGUUCCUUUAUUUUCUCCGAUCGACGACGAGUAUCUGAACAUAGCGUCAGAAAAUUGUCAUCAACCAGCUGGAAAACUUUCGCGUGUUGCCUUCGCCGUAGAAAAUGUCAAGCUCGGCCACAUCCUUGGAAACAUUCUUCAACAACUGUACAGCCAUCAGGUCGGAAAUGAUUCUGGGAGCAAGACCUCUUCCUCAAAAGGCUCGCUGGUGGCGACGACCGCUUUCGACGCACUAGCUGUUCUUGACGCUUCGUUGACGGAAUUCGAAACAGAACUACCUGACCGGCUCAAACUGAAGCAUUGGGAUGACCAAGGGAUUGAUGAACAAGAGGUUGAGAUCGACUUCCUGCGUCAAAGCUAUGUGCUUCGAGCAAGGGUCUGCGCUCAGUCGCAACAAAACGGCAGAGGCUCCGACAAGCAAUGUGAAGUCCCGGAGAACAAGAUGGAGGCUAUUGGCUUUGUGUUUGAGUUCCAUUGUGCUCUUGCCUCUUAUCAGGCUUCCUGUGAUAUGAUUCAGCUACUUCAUACUGCAAUCAUCAAAGGGAUGUGGGGCGCUUGGUGGUAUGCUAUUUACUAUAUUGCAACUAGCACGAUCAUUUUGACCUUCGGGGCCAAUGACAACCGCAUUAAUACUGCCAUUGGGAAUGGUAAGUUCAAUUUUUGGUGGCACAUGGCGAUCGAGACUCUAGAAAUCAUCAAUCGCAAGCACCCAAUGGCAGGACAAUGUGCCAUGGCCUUGCAAGCGAUCAGGCAACGCUGUGUUGAUCCCUUGAAAAGUCAGAAAUACACCACCUUAUCCACCGGUCAUCCCGAAACAGAAAUUCUACCUCAAUCAACCACCUCCUCUUCAAUGCAAGCAGAUCUCUUUCCAACGGAUGAGCCACUAAGACUUGCUCCAGGCGAUUGGCAGUCGUGGAGCCCAACCCAACAAGCCUUUGCAUCUCUGAACGAAAUGGAUCUCGACAACUUUGGCGAUAUGGAAGGAUUUCUACCGUUGUUUGAAAAUUUGCAGAAUUCCUUUGGCAGUGGCAUGACCACAGGAACUCUCAGGUAG